AAUAUGCGCUGCUUGGGGAUUUUUUUUUUCCACCGGAGAGCUGUAACCAGGCAACGGGGCGAACACAGGGCACCUCGAAAAUCGUGUAAAUGGAUGAAUGAGCACCCGAGGUACAUGUAUUUUUCCUCGGCCAGGAUGGACUGCGUGUAAUAAGAGUGUGGAUGUGGACACUGGUCAUAUUUUUUGGAGAUAAAGAGGAGUAAAAAAACCCGAAGCAAGCGUCGCGCGCGCGGACAUAAAAGCUGCUGCCCGGCCUUAUCUUAAUCUGAUUUUAUUGCUGGAGGAGAACAUUUUUUAUAUUAGUAAUAGUAGUGUUAUAAUUAACGUGUUUUUUUAAUAGAAAGAGAGGGAGGGAGGGAGAGAUUGUGUGCUGGCUGAGAGUGGUGAGAAUGCACAUUGCGAAAGAGAGCUCGCUUUCUCUCGCCAUCAUGCCCUCACACGUCUGUACGGAUUAGCGGUGAAGAUAAAAAAGCCUCACGGAGUUUUUGCGGUGCUUUGCGUGGCAUGUCGGAGUGAGAGACACGCAAACGGACAGCCGACAAACUACAACAAACCAGCUGCUUCCAGAGCUCAGUCUGACAAAAUGGGAGAGCAGCCCAUCUUCAGCACCAGAGCCCACGUCUUCCAGAUCGACCCCAACACCAAAAAGAACUGGGUUCCUACCAGCAAGCACGCCGUCACCGUGUCCUACUUCUACGACAGCACUCGCAACGUGUAUCGCAUCAUCAGUCUGGACGGAUCUAAGGCCAUCAUCAACAGCACCAUCACCCCCAACAUGACCUUCACUAAGACCUCACAGAAAUUUGGCCAGUGGGCGGACAGCAGAGCCAACACCGUCUACGGCCUGGGCUUCUCGUCCGAGGGCCACCUGAGCAAAUUUGCGGAAAAAUUCACAGAGUUUAAGGAAGCUGCACGGUUAGCAAAGGAGAAAUCUCAGGAGAAGAUGGAGCUGACCAGCACGCCCUCACAGGAAUCAGCUACAGGUGACCUGCAGUCACCGCUGACCCCCGAGAGCAUCAACGGGACGGACGACGAGCGGAUCCCGCCCGACCCCUCUCAGAACUCGGAGCCUCGAGCCGAGACGAACGCGGUGCCGUUCCCACACAGCACCUCGACUAACAUGACUAAGCACUGGGAGGCCGAGCUGGCGGCGCUGAAGAGCAACAACGCCAAGCUAACGGCAGCCCUGCUGGAGUCUACGGCCAACGUUAAACAGUGGAAACAGCAGCUAGCUGCUUAUCAAGAGGAGGCAGAGAGACUGCACAAAAGGGUGACAGAACUGGAGUGUGUCAGUGGCCAGACAACAGGGAUCAAAAACCAGAAAACAGAGCUGAACCAGACGAUAGAGGAGCUGGAAGCAGCGCUGAAGGCCAAGGAGGAGGAGCUGGAACGACUUAAAGCAGAGGUUGAGAAAGCUAACGAGUUGCAGUUGCAGAAAGACACGGCCACUCAGAAACUACAGGAAACAGAGACAAGGACAGCAGAACUGGAAGCUCAGCUCGGCGAGCUGGAGAAGCGUGUGGAAAGCAGUCAAACCGAACAGGAGACUUUUCGCAAAAACCUGCGCUCACUGCUGGAGCUACUGGACGGCAAGAUCUUCGAGCUGACCGAGCUGAGGGACAACCUGGCCAAGCUGAUCGAUGGAGGAAGCAGCUAGAGUCUGCAGGAGCACACUGCCCUCUGGUGGAGGAGAUACACACUUACACACACACACACACACACACACUCUCUCUCUCUCUUUCUCUAUCUCUCUCUCUCUCAGACACAUGUACACUCUCUCUCUCUAUCUCUUUCUCUCUCUCACACUCACUCACUCACACACACUCUCUUACUCUCUCACACACACUAUCUCUCUCUCUCUCUCCCUCUCCCUCUUGCUCGCUCAAAUACACAGACUCACUCUCUCUCUCUCUCUCUCUCUCUCUUUCACACACACACACACACACACAUUCAUACCAGCACAGCAAACUUCAUUAAACAUGCAUGCAAACGGACAGAUGGAUUAAAAAUAUACAUGUUCUCACACAGGUGCACUUCCACAAACUGGUGCCUGCAGACACACACACACACACACACACACACACAACACACACAUUACGGAGGUUUUAACCUGAUUUUUGGGGAUUUUUUUCCUGAUUUUUAUGGACUUUAAACAUACAAAAAGGGCAUCUCGGAUUUUUUUGUACCAUCACACUGGGGAGCUUUUCACACGGAGACAGCCGUCACUGUGUCUCUGAACCGAGUCUUUACAGUUUACCGAAAGAUUUCAACUCCAUGUUGUCUGUGUUUCACGGCAGUUUUUAUGUUUUAUGCUUUACGACUAGAGCCAUUCAUCUGAGAAUGAAGAGCAUCAGAGGUCAAAAACAAAACGAAACUAAGUAGAAAAUAUUUAAACACAGAUACAGCUACCACAUUUGGUGGAUAUUAUCUUGUCUGUUAUGGAUAUUUUGAUGAUUUUGUAUUUACUGUAUAUCGUCCAUACCGUUGUGAACAGUGGGAUGAUGAGGGAUGGUUAAAUUAUAGCGAAGGAGCAGCGAGUCAGAAAUACACUAUAUUGCCAAAAAUAUUCGCUCACCUGCCUUGACUCGCAUAUGAACUUAAGUGACAUCCCAUUCCUAAUCCAUAGGGUUCAAUAUGACGUCGGUCCACCCUUUGCAGCUAUAACAGCUUCAACUCUUCUGGGAAGGCUGUCCACAAGGUUUAGGAGUGUGUUUAUGGGAAUUUUUGACCAUUCUUCCAGAAGCGCAUUUGUGAGGUCACACACUGAUGUUGGACGAGAAGGCCUGGCUCUCAGUCUCCGCUCUAAUUCAUCCCAAAGGUGUUCUAUCGGGUUGAGGUCAGGACUCAAGUCAAGUUCAUCCACACCAGACUCUGUCAUCCAUGUCUUUAUGGACCUUGCUUUGGUCACUGGUGCACAGUCAUGUUGGAAGAGGAAGGGGCCAGCUCCAAACUGUUCCCACAAAGUUGGGAGCAUGGAAUUGUCCAAAAUGUCUUGGUAUGCUGAAGCAUUCAGAGUUCCUUUCACUGGAACUAAGGGGCCAAGCCCAGCUCCUGAAAACAACCCCACACCAUAAUCCCCCCUCCACCAAACUUUACACUUGGCACAAUGCAGUCAGACAAGUACCGUUCUCCUGGCAACCGCCAAACCCAGACUCGUCCAUCAGAUUGCCAGAUGGAGAAGCGCGAUUCGUCACUCCAGAGAACGCGUCUCCACUGCUCUAGAGUCCAGUGGCGGCGUGCUUUACACCACUGCAUCCGACGCUUUGCAUUGCACUUGGUGAUGUAUGGCUUGGAUGCAGCUGCUCGGCCAUGGAAACCCAUUCCAUGAAGCUCUCUGCGCACUGUUCUUGAGCUAAUCUGAAGGCCACAUGAAGUUUGGAGGUCUGUAGCGAUUGACUCUGCAGAAAGUUGGCGACCUCUUUGCACUAUGCGCCUCAGCAUCCGCUGACCCCGCUCCGUCAGUUUACGUGGCCUACCACUUCGUGGCUGAGUUUCUGUCGUUCCCAAACACUUCCACGUUCUUAUAAUACAGCUGACAGUUGACUGUGGAAUAUUUAGGAGCGAGGAAAUUUCACGACUGGAUUUGUUGCACAGGUGGCAUCCUAUCACAGUUCCACGCUGGAAUUCACUGAGCUCCUGAGAGCGACCCAUUCUUUCACAAAUGUUUGUAAAAACAGUCUGCAUGCCUAGGUGCUUGAUUUUAUACACCUGUGGCCAUGGAAGUGAUUGGAACACCUGAUUCUGAUUAUUUGGAUGGGUGAGCGAAUACUUUUGGCAAUAUAGUGUAUCUAGGAAAGCGUUAAGAACAGAGUUAUUCAAGGCAGCGCCGAUAUCGAUGAGGAGCAGAGACAUGUCAUAUACAUCAGUGUUAAUCUUCGUAAGAUCAUCACUUAUAACUCCAUGCAUUUAUUAUUAUUUUUUAAAUACAAAUUUCUUUGAGUAACCAAACAACCUUCUUAACAAAUGUAAGCUGAUGUUCCACUGCUCUCCUUUCUAAAUGUAGAGUGCUUGAGCUUUCUAGUGUUAUAACUCAAUAAUGGGACCUACAACAAGUGCUAAUAGAGGCCCAUUGGGGAGGGAAUCACGCUGCCCCAUGCUCAUAAACAGCAGCAUUGAUUGGGAUCAUUUUAAAUACUCUUGAACUAAAAGAGUGGGGGGGGUUAAACAAGGUUACUCAAAAAAUUCACUAGA